CCAUUUUUCUUUGGAAAACUGAUCUUAUCUAUUUGUUAACUCAUGCUGCACUAAGAUUAACAUGAAAUCCAAAGGUCAUAUGUGUUCUGCAAAACUCGUUAGCUCUUGUAUCCUACUACGCAAAAGGCAGAGUCAUAUGACUAGAGCACAUGGUUGCUGGAGCUUGUUGUGAUCGUGUUACAUGAAAGAGCUAACGAGUUUUGCAGAACACAUAUGACCUUUGGAUUUCAUGUUAAUCUUAGUGCAGCAUGAGUUAACAAAUAGAUAAGAUCAGUUUUCCAAAGAAAAAUGGAUAUGUGGUCCUCAUCAGUUAUAUACCAAAUAUCAGACCUUACAGUUCUCACUGUCACGAAUGCGAUGCUGAUACAAAAAUAUUUUCUAACCUACAGUGUUUAAGGGUGAGACACCUCUAAUCGUAUACUUUUUGGCUUAGUUUUUAUGAUGCUGUUGAAUAUCAAAGACCGUUCAACUCAGGACAGCUUAGACUAUAAACUUUGAAAGUUUCUGCUUGAGCCGAUCACUUCUUGUAUUACAUGAGGAAAAUACGGUGACCUGUUUACCAUUAUUAUUUUCGGCCUUUUUUAAAAGUAUUCUGAUAUGCGUUUUGGUAUACAAGAUGUGGCAUCGAAUGAUCAUUCAACAACAGGACAGUGUAUAGUAGAAAUUGAUCGUUGUUGCAAAUAUUCAUUAGCCACAAAUUUUAUCGUUCUACAACCAGUGCCAAGUUAUUUACUAGAAAAUGAUGAUGGAGAAGAUUGGAAAUAUAUCAAACAGAAUAUUCAUUUAGAUUUAAGACAAGCAGUUGAUCAAUCUUAUACGAAUGAUAAAACAAUAACGAAGGAAGAAAGAGAUCAAUUUAUAUCUCUGAAAGCUAGUUUUCCGGAGGGUUGCCUUUUCAGGGAUAGAAAAUGUAUUCGAAAUGCUCCAUUAUUAACGAUUUGA